AUUGCUAUUCUGCACGAUUUUCACGUGUUCAUCGGAACUUUUAUAAAUAUCAACAGCUAUCCGAAUACACUUCAACUCCGAGUACUGGCAAUGUCUGACGAAGAAAACUUUGGGUAUUUUGGGGAGGAGUUGCACUUUCUUCUGACCGAACCGAGGACUCCGAAAUCCUCUCCACUGUAUUCGCAGAUACGCCCCCAUUUCCAAGACUCUUCCGAGAUUUACACCAUUCCUGUCAGGUCGACUGAUAAGCGUGUGCAACACCAGCCAGUGUCAAGAUCCCUGGAUAAAGCCUUCGAAUGAGAGUUUCAUCCCUCUCACUUUGACAACCCUUUUGACCGGACUAGACACUCGAGUAAUCCAUCUGUGCCUAGUUCUUUUACUCCAGAAUCUGAAACUCGUGGAAAACACGCAAGCAAACAUCCUUUGGAGGAUCAGAAUAACAACGAACCAGAACAUCCAAAGAAACACUCACCAUUCAACAUAUUUCACUUCAGUUUCUUCGGCCACAAGCCGGAGAAGUCCCCAACGAGCAAUGAUCAAGAGCCGCCAAAGUUGACAAAAAAGUCGAGCCCUAGUGAUGAUCACAAAACAAAAAAAAUGAAAAAUGCUAACAAAAGCGACUCAUGCCAGAAAGAAUCUCAGGAGGUGGCAGAGAUGUCCUCGGACCAAGGAGGGAAAUCGGUUGGUCAGUUCAGAGGGGCGUUUAAUACGGGUCACAGAUUGGCUCAGAAACCUGAGCAUUUUAUUGAAGAUGUGGUUGAUGAAACAAAGUUCCUUCUGCCGCAGGGAAAAGACUCGACCAAUCUGUCCAGCCUCAGCAUCGGGGGCGACGAUCCUGACUGUGGCAGUGAUUAUUACGAUCAAAAGGAGGUGUCGGGUCAGUCCGAGCCAGCAGCAGAGUACAUGUAUUGCCUUGAUGAGUUGUUAGGCCAGUACCAUCCACAUGAACUCGACACUGUCUACGAGAGCGAAGAUCAUGACGAGAGCAUUCCAAGCGGAUUUAAACAAUAAACAAGGUUGGUCAUGUGGUAUGUGAGAAAGAAUUUGAUGCGAAUCAACGGUCACUGUUUUACGGCCAUCUUUUUACCGACCUCUCUCCAGUUGAUGAGGGUUGCUCCCCA